GAUAAGAGACGGCCUGCCCUUCCAAUGGGCGGAGACGAAGUUGAGGAACUGGAGGUUGGAUUGGAGGGAGAGGAAGCGAUGCGCCAGGAGCGACAGGAGGGAGGUGAGGCCCGCAAGAGAAGGAAUGUGCCUCUCGCCCUUCCCUGAGGCCAGAUGAACCUUGUAUCGAUGGCAGCUGUGGUGGCAGUGGCAGAGCCGGAGCUGAAAUGGGUGUCCCUGUGGCUCCGUGUCCGCUGGGCGGCGGUGCUGGUGGUCCUGCUGGCUGCACUCCUCAUGUUGCUGCUCCCGUUGACGUCCGUGGAAGACCAGUGCCAUGCCUUUUACAAGAGCUUGUCCUUGCUGAAGAGCAAGCUGGGAUUGGGCUACACAGGGAUCACCACGUACACAGGGCAGACGACGGGCCUCAGCGUGACCUCGGGUGGAUUGCAGCUGCUGGUGUUGAAGCCCAAAGCCUCCCAAGAGGUCAAGUUAGAAGCCAGAGCAGCCCUGAACCAGGCCCUGGAGAUGAAGAGGCAAGGUAAACGGGAGAAAGCCCACAAGCUUUUCUUGCACGCCCUCAAGAUGGACCCCGAUUACGUUGAUGCCUUGACCGAAUUUGGCCUCUUCUCUGAAGAAGAGAAGGACAUAAUUCAGGCUGACUACUUGUAUUCCAAAGCCCUGACCAUCUCUCCCCAUAACGAGAAAGCUCUGAUCAAUCGUGACCGGACGUUGCCCCUCGUUGAAGAGAUUGACCAGAGGUACUUCAGCAUCAUUGACAGCAAAGUCCAAAAGGUCAUGUCCAUCCCAAAAGGCAGCUCCGCUCUCCGCAGGGUGAUGGAAGAGUCUUACUACCACCACAUCUACCACACGGUGGCCAUCGAAGGGAACACCUUGACGCUUUCUGAAAUACGGCACAUAAUCGAGACGCGGUACGCCGUUCCCGGCAAGAGUCUGGUGGAGCAGAACGAGGUCAUCGGCAUGCAUGCGGCCAUGAAGUACGUCAACACCACGCUGGUGUCCAGGAUUGGGUCCGUGACCCUCACGGACAUCUUGGAGAUUCACAGGAGAGUGCUUGGCUACGUGGACCCAGUAGAGGCUGGGAGGUUUCGGACUACCCAGGUCUUCGUAGGGCACCACAUCCCUCCGCACCCUUGCGACGUCGAAAAGCAAGUGCUCGAGUUUGUACAGUGGAUCAACUCCGAAGAUGCCAUGAGCCUGCACCCAGUUGAAUUUGCCGCCUUGGCCCACUACAAGCUGGUCUACAUCCACCCCUUCGUAGACGGCAACGGCAGGACUUCACGACUCUUGAUGAACCUCAUCCUCAUGCAGGCGGGCUACCCGCCCAUCACCAUCCGCAAGGAACAGCGGGCGGAGUACUACCACGUCUUGGAAGUGGCCAACGAAGGCGACGUCCGGCCCUUCAUCCGUUUCAUUGCCAAAUGCACCGAGACCACUUUGGACAUGCUGCUCAUAGCCACAACUGAGUAUUCCGUUGGUUUGCCCGAAGCACAUGGCAGCACCACGGAUUGCAAGCAGACCAUCCCAGUCAAAACCCGAACAUGAAUGCGAGUGUAGGGGUCGGAACCUGCUUGGCAUUAUCGAACACAUGACUACUGGCACUUUCUUUUUAAGCAUUUCAUUUAUUUAAAUAGGUUUUAAGUUAAAUAUUGGGGGGGUCAAGAAUAUUU